AUGAAGCACACACCAAUGAAGUCGUCCAAGAUGGCCAGCUCUAGUGAAGAAGAGCUGAGCACUCUUGUACAGUUGCGUGGCAUGGCACAAGGUAACAUCACGCGCAUCAAGAACAUCUUGACCCAAGCCCAAGCGGACCAGGCUGAGCUGCCUUCCGCUCAAGUGAAGGUGUACGUGAAGAAAGUGGAAAGUGCCUACAACGAGUACCAUCAGCACCACCAGCAGAUAGUGGCGAUUCUUCCUUCGAACAAGAAGGAGGAACAGAACGAGAAGUUCCUGCAAUUCGAGACGUUGCACGAAGAGGUGUCCAUCAUGCUCGAGACCCUUCUCGAGGCUCAAUCCGCACCACCUGCGGCCCAACAAGUGCAACCACCGGCGAACCAACAACCGUUGGUCAUCCAGCAAUCUCUUCCUCGCGCCAUCCCCACCUUCGACGGGAGGUACGAGAAUUGGGAACGGUUCAAGAUCAUGUUCCGUGAUGCAGUCGACCGUACCAACGAAGCACCUCGAAUCAAGCUGUAUCACCUUGAGAAGGCCCUCGUCGGUGAUGCGGCGGGAAUCAUAGACGUGAAGACGAUUGCCGAUGGAAACUACGCCCACGCCUGGGAGUUACUGGAGGAAAGGUUCGAGGAUCAGCGGCGAAUGAUCGACAUCCAUAUUGCUGGACUGCUCGGAGUGAAGAAACUUUCGAAGGAGGAUUUCGGUGAGUUGCGAUCCUUGGUCGAGUCUACCACUAGUCACGUGGAAAACUUGAAGUUCCUUGACCAAGAGUUCACCGGCGUCUCUGAGCUCAUUGUCGUCCACCUAAUCGCACGUGCACUGGAUCCUACCACGAAGAAGUUGUGGGAGUCGACGAUAAAGCGAGGAGAACUCCCAAACUACGAAGACACCAUACAGUUCCUGAAAGACCGCGUCUCAGUUCUGGAGAGAUGCCGCGAUACGGCUGAAGAAGCCAAGACACAGCGUACAUCAGUGAAACCAGCUACGAGGAAGCAGGCGUUUCCCAAUGCCAACGCAGCGACAGCUCCUUCAUCAGCGGAUCAGCGGUGCACCAUUUGUGAUGAAAGCCAUGUGACGUACAAGUGCUCUGUGUUCAACGGCUUGAGUGUGAGUGAUCGACUGGCCAAAGUCAAACAGAAGAACGUGUGCUACAACUGCUUGAGAAGUGGACAUAGCGUGAAGAGCUGCCCAUCGAAGAAGUCGUGCUCCAAGUGCAACAAGCGGCACCACACCCUGCUCCAUUUGGAAGGUGGUGCAAUCUCGUCGAAGCCUGCGAAUGAAAAUUCAGCGAAUGGAGUUCCAGGAUCAGCCCAACCAACGGCGUCGGCUGUCAGACAGCAGUCGGCCGAGAACCAGCCAUCAGUGACAGCAGCGCAUUCCAACAACCCGGUGAACCCAGCGAGCCAGGUGGUGUUGCUCACUGCCCUUGUCAACGUUAUGGACCAUCAACAGCGGCCUUGUGUGUGCAAAGCCCUGCUAGACUGCGGAUCUCAGAUUACUGGUCAGGUUCCGUCGGUUAAGAUAAAUUUGGAGAAUUGGGAACUUCCUCAAGGUCUCAGACUGGCUGAUCCAUCCUUCUAUGAACCUAGCCACGUUGAUUUGCUCAUUGGAAUGGACUGGUUCUAUGACAUUAUGAAACCAGGGUGUUUGAAAAUACACGAUAAUCUCCCUAGCCUUCACGACUCUAAGCUUGGUUGGUUAGUCGGAGGCAAGUUGUUUGACUGUUCUUCCAAUCUUGUGCUAAAUUCCUGUGCUGUUCGAGUUGACCCCGUUGAAGAACUUGUGCAGAAAUUUUGGGAAGUUGAAGGUGUGUCUUCGGAGGUGGUUCUGUCCCGUGAGGAAGAGCAGUGUGAAUCGCAAUUCGCUUCAACCCAUCGUCGAGACGACAGCGGUCGUUUCAUCGUUCACCUCCCAUUGAAGGACAGCGCAUCUCAACUAUCGGAUUCCCGUACCAUGGCCUUGCGACGAUUUUUCAUGCUGGAGUCUAAACUACAACGUCAUCCAGAUUUAAAAGCCCAGUAUGAUGCCUUCAUGGAUGAGUACGAAUCUCUUGGGCACUGCCGGGAGGUCCAAGAACGCGACGAUCCUCCUGGAGUUCUGAAGUGGCAUCUUCCCCACCAUGCCGUCCUCCGCCCAUCGAACACAACUACAAAAUGCCGGGUGGUAUUCGACGCAUCUGCAAAGGUGGCCGGAUUGUCCCUCAACGAUGUUUUGAUGACCGGAUACAACGUUCAGAGCGAUUUGUUGUCUAUCAUCCUACGGUUCCGGAGGUAUCGAUACGUUAUGAGUGCCGAUGUAGCCAAAAUGUACCGCCAGGUUGCCGUAGAUCCCGCUUUCACUCCACUACAACGGAUAUUUUGGAGAAAGUCGCCCCAAGACCCACUACGUGUUCUCGAACUAACUACUGUGACGUACGGAACGGCCUCAGCCCCUUUCUUGGCCACGCGAUCUCUGCUGCAACUUGCACGCACCUUUCCGCUCGCUUCCGCCGUUGUCGAGAAAAAUGUCUACAUAGACGAUGCUCUUUUUGGUUCCGACGAUUUCCUACAAGCAUGUGAGCUUCGAGAUCAGCUGAUAGCCUUGCUCCAGUCCGGUGGAAUGCACCUUCACAAGCGGUCAUCCAACACUAGUCAGCUACUAUCGCCCAUCCCAAGUGAAGAUCGAGACAGCUGCGCAUCUUUCAGCGAGAGUGGCCUCAACGAGGUCAUCAAAACCUUGAGAUUGAUGUGGAAUCCUUCCACAGACUCGUUCCUUGCGGCUUUUCAACGAUUCGUGUCCAGACGAGGAUAUCCCAAGGAAGUCUUCUCCCAUAACGGGACCAAUUUCAUCGGAGCAAGGUCAGCACUGCUGGAGCUCUAUCGGCUAUUCAAGGAGGAGACCACCCAGAACAAGAUCUUUGAGUAUUGCCAAGCAAAGCAGAUCGUUUGGAAGACUAUUUCCCCAAAUGUGCCACACUUUGGAAGGGUUUGGGAGUCCGGUGUGAGAAGUGUUAAAACAGUGCUCAAAAAGGUUUACCUAUCCACCUCCCUAACACUCUCCGGAUUAUCCACCCUGUUGUGCCAGAUUGAAACAAUCCUUAACUCGAGACCACUUUAUUCCCAAUCUAACGACCUGACGGAAUCAGAAGCGUUGCCCCCUGGACAUUUUAUUGCCAACCGUCCACUAUUGGCAAUUCCCGAACCGUCUGUAGUAGGUAUCCCGACCAUUCGUUUGUCCCACUGGCAGCACAUACAACAGCAUCGCGAACACUUCCGGAAACGAGUGGUAGACGUCCGAACGAAGACUGCCUUUAUCAAGGCUCAAAGAGUUAUCAGGUUGCUGCUAGAGGAGUCUAGUCCAGCUCAACCACCGGGGCUUCAUGAGGCGAAGCCAGGCCAACGUCCGGCCAUCAUCCCGGGAAGGAACGCGAGGGUUCCUGCUCCCACCCGGCUCGGUUCCUGA